AUGUCCCAAACCGAGAAUGGAGAGCCUGUAACAUCAUCAUCCUCACAACCAGAGGUUACGGAACAAGAAAUGUUGGAAUUGGGUGAUGUUCCAGUUCUUGCAACAUCAUCAAGAGAUUUAGAGAAUGCUCGACAUUUGGCAUCAUCGGAACAAGGUGAUGGAUUGUUUGAUUCGGAAUCGGAAGAUGAAUUAGAUUUACUCUCUCGUCAUCAACGUUUAUCAAAUUUUGAUUCAAAAAAUUCACUUUUAGGAAUUGAAAAUAGAAAGUUACAUAAUGGAAUUAUUAUUUUAGGAAUUAUAUUUGCAUUUGGAUUUAUAUUAUUACUUGCAUAUCGGUUGAUUGAAAAGCCAAUUGAAAGACAAUCUCCAAAAUUCAUGUCUUUAUCAUUGUUGUGGACACCUGUUGUUUGUAACAAAGCUGAUGGAAAGAAUGAUCACGUGAAAAGUGUUUGUAAUGGACUUGCUAAACGAGAGGAUUCAUUAGUGAAGAAUAAUUAUUUUGUGCUGACAGCAUUUAAAGCAAUUUUAAAGGAUACAAGCGAUGCAAGUUGUGACUCGCCGAAUCAAGCCGCAUAUUUGGGAAAAGAUUGGGCUCUCAAUUAUAACACGUAUGGCAAGUGUUUGUUUGCUAAUAACACAGCUGUUACCAAUCCAACGGAAUUUCUCGCCAUGUCUGUUGCAUUAUUUAAACAAUGGUCGAAUGAGUUUACCAUUGGUACAGUUGGAAGCAAUGUCUUUAAUGAAACGCUUGCGGUGAGCAUGACCUCUGUGAGCAAUGCAUUCACAGUUCCAAAAUGUAGCACGUACGAGAAUCAGCAAGUUCUUUCAGGUUUAGACAUUUGCUUGCUUGGCAAAACUCUUUCUCCUGCUACCGAUACUUCACUUUGUGAUUUUAAAAACACAUGUGAUUCGUCCAAGCAAAUUACCUUAAUUCCCUUGAAGGAAGAAACCAAUCUACCUUGA